GAGGCUGAACGGUGUUCCGACACGAUAAAAGCUGUUAUUGAUAAUGCCCUUGAUACACAGCGUAAUCAAAUUGUUGAAAUGAUUGAACAUGUUGCCCGCAAGAUGUCACCAUCUAUUCGUAGAUUUUUAACAGAAGGGGCAGAAGUACUCCAUAAAGACUCAAAUUCUAUGGAAAGGCUGAUGAUGUACUUAGAACGGUCAUUAACGACGCUUUAUGAUACUCUUAAUGAAGUCAACUUUGGCAGAAUUUUGGACGGUAUUUGGGGAGAAUUGUCAAUAAUAAUAUAUGACCUUAUUCAGUCUAAUCUCGAUAAACGCCGACCGCCAUCUUUUUUUCAAAACUUGAGGGAAACUCUCCGCACUAUGAUAUCUUGCUUUAAAAUUGGAGAAGCAAAAACAUCUGAUGUUAAAAUUUUAUCAGAGAUUGAAAAUCGGUAUAGAAAUCAAAAAGAACAAUCCACAGCACAUUUCGGGCAACUUACAAUUACCGGACAAUUUACAGAUUCUGGAUUAUUACUCAAAAUAUUAAAUGCUCGCAGCUUGGUUUCUGUGGAUAAAACCGGAUUAUGUGAUUCAUUCGUUAAAGUCUACAUGAUGCCCACUGGUCGAUUUAAUGGCUUUGCACCAGUAAAAACGGCCGUUCAUAAUAAAAAUUGCUUUCCACUCUAUGACGAACAGUUUAACUUCAAUUUGAACUCGGAUCAACGCCUGAUGGAAGAUAGCCUGAUUUUAUUUAGUGUUAAGGAUAAAGAUUUAUUUGGAAUGACAAGUCAAUAUAUAGCAGAAUGUUAUAUAACGUUUGCAGAUCUCAUAGCAUCUAAAGGCGAGCAAAUUAUUAUGAGUCUAUCUAGACCAGAGUAUACAGAUUCCAUGGCAUUGCGCGCUCUGGAGCAUAGACAAGGUGAUAAGCAAGCAAAGGAUUUUUUGAAAAAGUUAAAGAGCAAAUCAAAUUAUUAAUUCUCGAUACCGACGAAUGUCUAGUCAACGACUUGUUAUUUACAAAUGUUAUUAUGGUAUUAUUUAUGUAUUCUGGCAUACUUGAUUAUAAAGUCCAUUUUAACUAGACAUGCGCAUUUAUAAAAAUAUAUUUUGAAA